CGAUCGAAUAAGAGCAGCGUGCCGAAAUGGAUGGCUGAAGAUCACCCGCCAUGUGGCCGCGAAACAUGAAUCAGCCGUAUGGCGGAUAAUCCGUCCAUUCUCGAUGGACAAAAAGCUUUCUUCCAAAGAGAAAAUAAAAGAACGAAACCGUCCUUCGUAGAAAAAGCCCAUCUCCUCUUCCCCUUCACUCACUCCCAUUCUACUCCGGCACCAGAAAACCAUGUAACAGGUGAUAGAGAGAGAUCAAAGGGUGCGCAUUACGCAUAACCGCACAAAGUAGAGAAGGAGAGAGAGAGUGAGAGAGAGAGAGAGAGAAUGGCGACGCUGCAGAAAUUCAAGGUCCUCGCGACUCGAUGCGCGCUCUCAUCCAGCCCCUCUCAAAGUCCCAACACGAGCCCCGCCUUCCAAAUCCGGCGCCGGACGACCCUCAGAAAGCUCCUCGGCCGAGGAGGGAACCGACGAUUCGUGCGCCGAGGAGGAGAGCCCCCCGACCGAGAUCGCCAAAAGAUCGUCACCGAUCCGGCUGAGAAGAAGGCGCUUCUCAGUCAUACACUGAAGGAUCUGUUCGUCUCAUCCCCGCCGUUGGAUGACAUAGGAGGGAACUGUACGGAGAGAGAGAGCGGAGGUAGAAUGUUGGGAUUCGAAGGAGGUUUCGUGAGCCGGCGUAACGGGGCGGUUACAGGGAGGGGCAUGUCGGGGGCGUUUCGGUAUCGGAUGCUGAGGAAGGUUUGGAGGCCGGUGCUGGUCCCGAUUCCUGAGUAGAUGGUAAGAAAAGGUACGGAUAACACGAAGAUAAUUUGGGUGUGUUUUGUAAAUUUUUUGGGUUUGAAAUUUCAACAGGGAUAUCUCUGCAAGAGGAUAAUAAUUCAUCUAGUGGGUCUUGCUAACGUGCGCCCAGGGACAACCUGCGCUUUAACCA